AUGGCAGCCCUAUCCGAUAUCAUUUUCCCGUCCCAGGAGUCAAGCAUCAGCACCAACAACAUCAAUAAGAUCCUGGGUGACCUCAAGCGCUCGAAUCUGUCCAUAACGAACCGGCUCCUGUCCAUCCAGAAGGACGCAGAUUUCGUUGAGGAGGUCGCCGCCGCUCUUGCUGGUGGCAGAGGCCCGGGUGAUGGUGAUGGUGAUGGCGAUGGCGGUGGCGAUGGCGGUGGCGCUCAAGACGGGGCCAGGAAGCAGAAGCGCCCGCUUGUCGCUAAUGAGCGGUGCGGGAGCUGGUACAUCCGGCCCAGCCUGAAGGGGGCGUCAGCGUACUUCAAGAGCACCGACGGGCACACGGGCCAGUGGAAGUUUUCCACCCGGAGGUUGAAUCUUCACCUGCUGCCGAUCAUUGAGAGGUGCGAUGGGAGAGGCAAGAGGAUGCCAGACUCGCUCAGCAAGACGGUCCCGGUGUGGUGCUGCGUCCUCAACAGGGCGCUGUUCCCGGAGCUCACGGGGUCUCACGGCCUCUACGUGCCCCCGAACGUGGUCUCGGGCUCGGAGAAGUCACAGAUGCUCUCCCGGGUCCCCGGCUUUGUCGACUCGCUCAGGCAGCUCAACCUGGACCUGGCCGGCCUCCGGGCCCAGAUCUCGAAGCCCAUCAGGCCGACGUGGGUCACCCAGGAGACAGUCCUGAGUCACUAUCACGGUAGAGAUGGAGACAACGAUGAUGCCAACGACGACGAUGGGCGCAUCUUCGAGUCCUUCCGGCCCGUCAUCUGCUGCACCUCGUCCAGGAGGAUCACGGACGGCGAGAUGUCCGGCCACAGUGGCUACGUGCAGGGCGCCGGGGACGACACCGAGAACUGGGCUCUUGGCCUGGCGCCGCCCGUCUUCUGGGACAACGCAGAGCAGCUCCUCUCAACGCCAGAGGUCGACCUCCCGGAGCUGAUCACGUCGCUCGUCGCCUCGGCGAGUGGCAGCGCCCACCAGCAAUCCCACCCCACGACCACAACCAUAACCAACGGCACAGACCCUGAAGCCCACGCCCUCCCGCCAUCAGUCACACAACUAACCCCCUUGCUACACGUCAGCCCCCUCCCGAUCCCACGGCCCCUGCCCGGAAGGGACACCAAGGGCUCCACCCAGUCCUGGUGCACAAUCACCAUCCUCUCCGCGCCGACCCCGCCGGAGACAUGGGCCCAGUCCCCAGCGCACAUGGAGGUCGGCCUCGGGGCAAGGCACAAGGCCGCGAGCCGCUCCCUGCGGACGGCCCUGCCGCGCAUCUGCGAGUUCGCCUGCCGCUUCCUCCUCCUGCACCCACCACAGCACCCUAACCCGCGGGUCCUCGUCGCCGACGAGUCCGGCGGCCGUGACCUGGCCUCCGGGGUAGCGCUGGCGCUGCUGUGCUGGUGCUUCUCUGACGACGACGGGCGGAGCGUGCGGGGCGCGGAGCCGCCGUCGCCGCGUGUCGAGCGGCCCGUCUUCACCAAGGAUUUGAUCCGCGCCCGGCUGGGCCGCAUCAUGACCGCCAUGCCGGAUGCGAACCCGAACCGGGCAACGCUUCAAAGUGUCAACAGCUUCCUGAUGGACUGGAAGUAG